AAACAGCGAUGUCUAUUUCCUGUGUUUUGCCUCAAGUAGAAACGGCCCAGUAGGAUGUGCUGGAACUCAUGCCUAUAAUUCCAGCACUCAGGAAGUCGAGACAGGAGAUGGACAUGAGUUUGAGGCAACCUAGGUUAGAAUGAAAUCCUGUUUCAAAAACACGGACAGAAACCUUACCAACGGGACAAUGACAUUAGCAAUAAAAAUCCGAACCUAUAAAAGUGUAUGGGUGGAGGCCAUUUUACAUUGAGUACUGGAUUUUAGCGCUAUGCGAUGGGCCAAACACGUAAAGUUCAUCCUCCCUAUUUGCCAUAGGUCAGUGGCUUUCCUUGAAUAAACUACUCUCCUAUUGGCUGGUUGAGCAGAUGCCCUGGCACUCCACACGUGGCAGUUCUGCCCCCCUGUGGGAGUCUUAGACUAGAGAGGCUGGACAGAGGACGGAAGUAGAAUUGCGUCAGUCCGUCUGUGAGAGUUGCUGUGAUUAGGGCGCUCCUCCUGAGAGACAGAGAACUAGAUAGAAGGAAGCUUUGUUCCUGGUACCUCCUGGUGCCCAAGCUUGCUCAGACAACGAACUAUGUACCGGCUAAUUUCUAGACUUCGUGCCUUCUUUCAAAGGAAAGUGGACCCGAAGGAGGCAAGAGAAGAACAGCAGCGGCUCUUGGAAGAUGAUACUACAGUACAAAACAAACAGGAAGUUGUGGCAAGGUCCUGUAGUAACUAUGAGCGGAUGGCUGAGAUUAUCCACCUCGGUGCUGAAGUCAUGACUGGCAACAGCCCUCCGACAGCUGAACAGAGACUUCCUGCAGCUGUGGAAGAACAAAGCACUCCUGAGUUGAAGGCAGUCACAGCAGAUGCUUUUUCCGAUGGCCAUGGGGAAGAACCCUCAGAAUCUCACAUGAGAGUUUUGCUUGCCUGUAUUAACCCUCGAAUGUGUGAAGCUGACUACAGUGAUCAGGAAUUGUCCUUCUCUCUAGACAUUGCUUGUAAAGAUUUUCAACCUUAUAAUGGUGACCUGGUAGAAAUUGAGUUUUCUGACGAGCAUGACACACGGAGCAGAAGGGCCACCUUGGUGAAUCCUCUGAAACAUUGUCAUCUAAAUGAGGUCCGUGUUACUAAAACAGAUGGAAGAACUGGGGUGUUAGAAGACACCAUCUUUUUCACCUUGGAUUCUCUUAAACUUCCUUCUGGAUAUGUGCCGAAACCAAAUGAUGUUGUUAAUGUGGUUGCAGUGCAGAGCAUUCAAUCCACCUAUUUCUGGAGAGCAAUUUCAAUGACCCCAGUACAAGUAUUGUAGGAACCAAACUCCUGUGUUCCUUUUUCACUGUUACUUUUAUGGGUAGUGAAGGGCUUGGUUAAUGCAAUAGUUUGUGGAAUAGUAAUAGCAAUAGUAAGCCAAAAAUGCGUGUUAAAUACAUUUGUUCUUGGAAAUGCCCUGGUAAUUUUGUUGGAAGUAUGAACUCACUUUAGGAAGAUGCCUGAUCUACUCAAAGACAUCCCCAAACUGUUUUUUGUCUACAGCAAAGAAACAACACUGCAUAUUAGGUUAAGUUCUGCUUUUUUCCCCAAGGUCAGGAAUGCUGCUAGUGGCUUUGUUUGUCCCUUGCAAAACAUGCAGAGAGAUGCCAGCAAGUGAAUGUGUGUGAAGUCACAGAUGCCUUCAAUUCGGAGUCCCCCUCUGCUGUGUCCAGCGGUUACUUUUUUCAUGGCAUUUUUUUCAUUUUCCAUUACCUACUCAGUUUGCUAAAUUUAAUAUUUUUUCUAGUAGAAUGCAUCCUUCCAUGUUAGAAUGCCAAAGCCGUCCACUCAGGGUUGUUGUUUAUCCUGUAGUCCCUCAGCAGUGCCUGGUGGUUGGUGCAGGCUACACAUUAAUACCUUUAAUAAAGCUGUUCUCUUAGCAUUGAUAAUGUUUACCUGUGGUUAAUUUGUCAGUCAGUCUCUAGGAAUAAAAUUGUUACGUAUA